AUUACACACACCUUUCUUUAUCUCCUCCAUCUCUCAGCAUACCCCCGUGACAUUCGAAUUUUCUCGAGAAAGUGAAUGAAAAUGGCUCCGUCCGUAGCUCGAAAUUGAGAUUCAGAUUUUCAUCUCUUUCUUCCGUUCUCUCAUUGAUUCUCGCCUGUAUCAGGCGUGUACACGAAUUGUUAUCUUCUGUUGCUUAAAUCAGAAGCAUGGCGCAGCCAAGGUACACUAGGAUAGAUAACAGGAGGCCUUCGUCAAACUAUUGCUCGACGGUGACAGUAGUUGUUUUCGUGGCACUAUGCUUGGUUGGGAUCUGGAUGAUGACGUCAUCUUCUGUUGGACCUGCUCAGAGUGUUGAUGAGGUUUCUUUGGAUAACAAAGAUGGGAUAAAGAAACAGAUGACCCCACCUCCACCUGCAGAGGAAGGCAACAAUGGUCAGAAGUCUGAAGACUCAUCUGGUGAAACACCGAACGAGGAUAAAAAAGGAGAUGGUGAUGGAAGCUUGAACAAAGAGGAUGAGAGUUCGAGUAAACAAGAGAACCUGGAAGAGGAGAAGAAAGAAGAGUCUACUCCAUCUGGUGAGACAAAAAGUGAGACCCAAGGUGGGGAAGAUAAAAAUGAUGACUCCAAGUCAGAAAAUGGUGAUGGAGGAGGUGAUUCAGAUGAGAAGAAAGAUUUGAAAGACAACCCAGAUGAAGAAAACCCUGACACAACUGAAAAGAAAACUAAACCUGAAACCGAGGAUAAUGAGUCGGGUGAGGAUGGUGAAAACCAAAAGCAGUUUGAGUCUGAUAACGGUGAGAAAAAAUCCAGUGAUGAUGAUAAAGAAACCAAAACUGGCAACGAAGAUACUGAAACCAAGACUGACAAGGAAAACACUGAGACAAAUGUGGAUGUUCAGGAGGGUCAACCUAAAAACGAGACCUCAGGUGAUCUUUCGCCUCCUGGGGCACAAUUAGAGCUACUGAAUGAAACUACGACACAAAAUGGUUCAUUUUCAACCCAGGCAACAGAGUCCAAAAAUGAGAAAGAAGCUCAGAAGGGUUCUGGGGAUAAACUUGAUUACAAAUGGGCACUAUGCAAUACAACAGCUGGACCGGAUUAUAUUCCGUGUCUCGAUAAUGUGCAAGCCAUUAGGAGUCUUCCGAGUACUAAACAUUAUGAGCAUCGUGAGAGGCAUUGUCCAGACAUCCCACCCACCUGCCUUGUUCCUUUGCCUGAAGGAUACAAGCGGCCAAUUGAGUGGCCCAAAAGUCGAGAAAAGAUCUGGUACACCAACGUCCCUCAUACCAAGCUUGCUGAGUAUAAGGGGCAUCAAAAUUGGGUUAAAGUUACCGGUGAGUAUCUAACUUUUCCUGGUGGAGGAACCCAAUUCAAGCAUGGUGCUCUUCAUUACAUCGAUUUCAUACAGGAGUCUGUCCCUGCUAUUGCAUGGGGUAAUCGCUCUCGUGUGAUCCUGGAUGUUGGAUGUGGUGUUGCAAGCUUUGGAGGUUUCCUUUUUGACAGAGAUGUGAUCACUAUGUCCCUGGCACCUAAAGAUGAACAUGAAGCUCAAGUGCAGUUUGCUCUUGAGAGGGGUAUUCCUGCCAUUUCUGCAGUUAUGGGCACGACAAGGCUACCUUUCCCCGGCAGAGUUUUUGACAUAGUUCAUUGUGCUCGCUGUAGAGUGCCAUGGCACAUUGAAGGUGGUAAACUCCUUCUAGAGCUUAACCGUGUAUUGAGACCUGGUGGCUUCUUUGUGUGGUCUGCUACUCCAGUUUAUCAGAAGAAGACCGAAGAUGUUGAAAUUUGGAAAGCUAUGAGUGAACUCAUAAAGAAAAUGUGCUGGGAACUUGUAUCUAUUAACAAAGACACUAUCAACGGAGUAGGUGUUGCUACUUACAGAAAGCCAACCUCAAAUGAGUGCUACAAAAAGAGAUCAGAACCGCAACCUCCAAUUUGUGCCGACUCUGAUGAUCCAAAUGCAUCUUGGAAAGUGCCGCUUCAAGCAUGCAUGCACACCGCGCCAGAAGACAAAACGCAACGUGGAUCUCAGUGGCCCGAGCAAUGGCCAGCGAGAUUAGAGAAACCACCGUUCUGGUUAUCGAGUUCCCAAACUGGAGUUUACGGAAAAGCAGCACCAGAGGAUUUCAGUGCUGAUUAUGAGCACUGGAAACGCGUAGUGACCAAAUCAUACCUUAAAGGUUUAGGAAUCAACUGGGCAUCUGUUAGAAAUGUGAUGGACAUGAGAGCUGUUUAUGGAGGUUUUGCGGCAGCCCUAAGAGAUUUGAAAGUGUGGGUCAUGAAUGUGGUUCCAAUAGAUUCACCAGACACACUUGCAAUAAUCUAUGAACGAGGACUCUUCGGUAUCUACCACGAUUGGUGUGAAUCUUUCAGUACUUACCCGAGAUCAUACGAUCUUCUUCACGCCGACCAUCUUUUCUCCAAACUCAAACAAAGGUGCAAUCUAACGGCGGUGAUAGCGGAAGUGGAUCGGGUUUUGAGACCGGAAGGGAAACUGAUAGUUCGGGACGAUGCGGAAACAAUACAGGAAGUGGAAGCAAUGGUGAAAGCAAUGAAAUGGGAAGUUCGCAUGACUUAUUCUAAAGAAAAAGAAGGUUUGCUCGCUGUUCAAAAGUCAUUUUGGCGACCCAAUGAAGUAGAAACUCUCACUUACGCCAUCGCUUGAGAAGACUUACUUCAAGUCCCACUCUUUUUGUACGUAUAAACAAACACACUCUUAUUAACUCAUUGUCAUCUUUUUCUUUUUUUUUGGGUCGUUUUAUUAGGAAGUUUUUUGUUUUAGCGUCGAGUCUGAGUUGAGUCAUUUGUUUGUACUAUUUGCACAUUUUUUAUGUUCUCCAAGGUGAAGAACUUUGUUGAGGUUCUUUGGUAAAGUUAGAUUACAGUUUAAAAUGUAUUACUCUUUGGUUUCUUCUAUAUGCUUGGUUGGAAUAAA